AGGGGCGUCCUGGACGGUAGAGGGGACGCAUGCGUCGAAAAAACGCGCUCAACUAAAGACGGGACCAGAAAAAACGACUCCCGCAUUUUCAAAUCAGUAUGGAUGCAAACAAACGAAAGAACGCAGCGGUACACGAGAAAAACAUGGAAGAAGACGCGGCGACUAAAAUACAAGCGAGUUUUCGGGGUUACCAAGUGAGGAAACAGCUCAAAUUAAAAAAUGGUGGUGUCGAGAACAGUUCUCAACGGCGAAGUAUAAGGCGUAAGAGUUCCGGAAAAUUACGAGGAGCGGAAAAGAUCAAAACGAACCAGGGAGGAAAAAAUAAACAGUCGACAGAGUUAGAGGAAAAAUCCGCGACGAAAAUUCAGGCGGGCAUCAGAGGAUUUCUCGUUAGAAGACGACAGAAGAAGGAUACGAAGAACACUGCGCAAUCCUCAUAAGUUCGUUUUUUUUAUUUUUACAGCUUUUUGAUGUGUAUUAAUAAAAUAAGCGUUUUGUAUUUUUAAGUUUAAAAUGUAAUUUGACGGAUGACAAGUUGGUGGGUGUUAAAAUGACGAAAGGUGAUGAGAGAAGUA